AUGUCUGGUAAUGGAAAAGAUGGAAUGACCACAAAGAUCCCAGUGAAGAGCCAAAUGGAAGCAUCAUAUGUAAGCUUGAAGACGUGGAUAGAGGACUCUCUGGAUCUUUUCAAGAACGAUCUUCUGCCACUGCUCUAUCCGCUUUUUAUUCACAUAUAUUUUGAUCUGAUACAGCAGAGUAGGACUGAGGAGGCAAAGGAGUUUUUUGAAAGAUACCGGAAGGAUCAUCACAACAAAAACGAGGAGAUUAAGCAAUUUGAGAGCAUAUAUACCAUCCAGCACAUCCAUGAGAAUAACUUUGCAUACACCUUCAAGAACUCAAAAUACCAUCUGUCAAUGGGAAGAUAUGCAUUUGAUUUGCUGAUAAACUUUCUUGAAGAGAGGAAUCUGACAUACAUACUGAAGAUACUGAAUCAGCAUUUGGAUAUCAAAGUGUAUGUUGGACCUAAGAGCGAUGACAAACCUCAGGGAAUAGAAACAGGAGUUGUGGAUGUAGAGAUUGAUCUUACGACGUUUCUGGUGUCUAGGGAGUGUGAAGAUGCGAUAUUGGGUGAUGAGCAGUAUAGAUAUGACCAUCUGGAGACAUAUGUGCUACAGUUGCGCAAGCAGAGAGAAAUGAAACCGAAGGACUCAGUGUACAAGCCAAAUUCAUCUCAGAUCCAUGCAGAGAUUGAGAAGUUAAAGGAUCUUUGCAAAAGGGUCGCUGUGAAUAGGAACAACUUGCCUAGUAUAUGUUGCUACACGAUCCACAAUACAUACGAAGGACUCACUGCAGCAGAGAUAAGCAAUGAUCUGAAGCUAAUGGCAUGCGGAUUUAAAGAUAGUUAUAUUGAGAUAUAUUCGCUCACUAAUGAUCCUCUCAGGAAGUUAAAGAGUAGUUCUGAGCUCGCAAAAUCUGAUAUAAAGACACUGAAUGAAGAGAAAUUUGAGGAGAUUGGAGGAAGUUGCAGACUGGUGGGACACUCCGGACCUGUUUACGGGCUGAAGUUUUUUCAGUCGAACAAGUUUCUUGUAUCGAGCUCUGAAGAUUGCACUGUGUGUUUGUGGAGUCUUGACUUAUUUUCAUUGAUAGCUGUUUACAAGGCGCAUGCAUUUCCAGUUUGGUGUGUUGAUGUGGCACCAAAUGACAACUUUUUUGCAAGUGGAUCUAGCGAUAGACAAGCAAUAAUAUGGUCUGUAAUGGCAUCUAAGCCAGAAAGAUUGAUAGUGUCAUCCCUAAGUGAUGUAACGGCCGUGAAAUUCCAUCCCAAUUCGAACUAUCUGUUUACUGGAUCAUCUGACCAUAGAGUCAGAAUGCAUGAUGUUGAGACAGCAGCAGUUGUAAGGAUCUUCUGUGGACAUACAGACACUGUGACAUGCAUGGAUGUUUCCCAUUGUGGGAAGUUUUUGGCGAGUGGAGGAAGAGAUAAGGUAGUGGUGCUGUGGGAUAUACAAACCUCAAAAUUGAUCAGCAAAUAUUCAGGGCAUGAAAAUGUGGUGUUUUCUGUAUCUUUCUGUUUCUAUGGUAGUGUGAUUGUGUCAUGCGGAGCAGAUAAUAGUGUAAGGCUCUGGGAUAAAACAGACAGCAAGGGAGGAUGCCUUGGAGUUUAUCACACAAAGAACACGCCAUUGCUAUGCUCAAAGUUUGGAUACAGAAACAUAAUAUCAUGUGCAGGACCAUACAUAAGCUAG